AUGCAGUUCACCACUACCGCUCUCGCCUUCCUCCUCGCUGCCACCGGCCUGGCCGCACCUACCAACGGACCUCCUGCAUACACCGCGACUAUCCAGCUUGCCAAUGACCAGUCCGGCGCCAAUGCCAAUGCUGUGAUCCCCGUCGACGGCGUGAAGCGUCCUGUCCAAGAACUCUGGGGCCACACUUCCCUCGCUAAACAUGGCCUGGUCUUCGCGUCCAGUGCCCAGCUCACGGCCUUUGAACAGACAACCGUCUGCACAUUCACCGAAGAACUGCACCACUUGACUGCCUCUCUUGAUGCCGAGGAUACCUAUGUUACCCUGGGCAAGCCUGUUGUCGAUUUGUGCUCCGCCUACGUUGUUUGUGAAUGCGAGGGCAUGUAA